CCCAAUGUGAGUAGCCCCCAGUGUUGAUUCUAGUUAACGGCGUCACACACUCCAAGUAGGUACUCUUUUUUACCUACGAUCACACUCUUCCUUAUCUCCCUCGGAGCCAGGACUUGGGCUCAGAGAUCCUUUGAUUGACUUCCCUUCCGUGAGCUAGCAAACGGACCGUCCACAACAAUACCAAACUGCUUCCUGAAUUCCUCGGCGCCGGACUCAAGGUCGCUGUCCAUCCGCUUACCUACUCGCCAGUCCUUCACCUCACGUUGCGCCGUUCACCGUCACAGUUACCAUGGACGCCGGCGAAGCCCAGACAAAGGUCAUCGCCUGGCUGCACGAGGCAUCCGAGGCGUUCCAAAAAGUCCCCGGCUCCGCCGUCCUCAUUCGAUACAUCCAGUCGAGCUACCAGAACGACCCUAUCCGGUCCGGCAUCGAGCUGGUCCUUUUUAUCUUCUUCGUCCGCUACCUUUUGUCGCCAUCCUACUCCACCCAGAAGCAAAACUUCAUCAAACUCCGUGACGAUGAAAUCGAUGAGCUGGUCGAAGACUGGACCCCCGAACCCCUCGUCUCCCCCCAGACUGCUCUCGAGGAAAUUGAGGCCGAGAGGUUGCCUGUCAUUAUUGGACCUACCGGGCCAAAGACCCGACUCGCAAGCGGACGCACCGUCACGAACCUUGCCUCGUACAACUUCUACAACUUCAACGCGAACGAACAAAUCAAGGACAAGGCCAUUCAGACGCUGCGUACUUACGGCGUCGGCCCAUGCGGCCCUCCCCAGUUCUACGGCACCCAGGACGUGCACAUGAAGACCGAGGCAGACAUCGCCGCUUAUCUUGGCACUGAGGCUUGCAUUGUCUACGCUCAAGCCUUCUCCACAAUCUCCAGCGUCAUUCCUGCCUUUUGUAAGCGUGGAGACAUAAUUGUUGCCGACCGCGCCGUCAACUACUCCAUUCGCAAGGGUAUGGAGGCCUCCAGGAGCACCAUCAAGUGGUACGCUCAUGGCGACAUGGACGAUCUGGAACGCGUUAUCCAAAAAGUGGUCAAGGACCAAAAGGGCAAAAAACUGACGCGAAGGUUCAUUGUCUCCGAGGGUCUGUUCGAGACCACCGGAGACAGUGCUGACUUGCCCCGACUUGUCGAGUUGAAGGAGAAGUACAGAUUCCGCAUCAUUCUCGACGAGACAUGGUCCUUUGGCGUUCUCGGCCGAACUGGUCGCGGCCUUACUGAGGCACAAAACGUCGAUCCCUCUCAGGUGGACAUGAUUGCAGGCUCGCUUGCUGGUCCUCUGUGCGCUGGCGGCGGUUUCUGCGCCGGUGCUAAGGACGUUGUGGAGCACCAGCGCCUUACAGCGGCAUCUUACACCUUCUCCGCCGCCCUGCCUGCCAUGCUUGCCGUUACGGCCAGUGAGACCCUCAGUGUGUUGCAGUCCAACCCGGAUAUCCUCACGCAAUGUAGGGAAAACACCAAGGCUAUGAGAGCGCAACUGGACCCUCGCAGUGAUUGGGUCGUCUGCACGAGCUCGCCUGAGAACCCUAUCAUGCUGCUGGUUCUCAAGGCGGAGGUCGUUGCGGCGCGCAAGCUGACGAGGGAAGACCAGGAACGGCUGCUGCAGGAUUGUGUCGAUGAGGCGCUCGUCAACGGAGUUCUUAUCACGCGUCUGAAGAGCAUGCCCAUUGCCAACAACCUCGACCCUAAAGACAAUAGCUGGCAAAUUCAACCAGCACUCAAGGUCUGCAUUACCACAGGCUUGCCGAAGAAGGAUAUUGAGAAGGCAGGCGUCGCUAUUCGACACGCAAUCACCAAGGUUAUGACCAGGAAGUCAAGCUCCAAACCGUCAUAGCGUCGACCAUAUUAGGACCCGCACUGCGUUGCAUGUAUGACUCAGGAGGUCGAGAAUGUCCUCGGGCAUGUCUACCAGAUGGGUUUGGACUAGCUGUUCUACAUGGAGGACGCUGGAAGGCUACUGGUGUACUUUUUUUGGUCUUGCACUUUGAGUGAGGAUGCAUUCAGGUGCAUUGAGACGGUCGGUUGCUUGGUUAUUCUGCAGCUGUGCAUGCAAUGACAGAAACACGUAUAUAUACACACGUACUAAUAAUUGAUAGAAUAGGACCCGGCAGCCAAUAUGACAGCUUCGGUUGAUGUCUGUAGCAUGGUAUCAAACCACACAUCAUGCUCACCUGUGCGGCUAAGGGAUCAGGAGCGUAGACAAAGGCUGGACCGAACCAUUAAACAGCGGAAGAGGAGACAAAGCCCAUCCGCCCACUUCCCGUCGACAGGUCGGCGCCGGAUCCGGCAAUGAGGAUGCGGGUCCAGUCGUCCGGUCGGAUGUCGCAAGCCACCAAUACUGUUCGAGAAUCUAGAUUCUGUCGAGUUUCUGCUCUAUUUUCCCACCUUCAACCGGAACAGGCAGACUAAUCGAACUUUUCCACGGCUCCGGGCUCCAUUGGCGUUCUACGCCAUCAUCACUAGCCCUCGUCGAGGCACGUCCUCCCCCAUGUCCCCUGCCCUCUUCCGACACCGUUAAUAACUUGUGCGGUGGGUCCCUCGCCUUGUGUUCAUGUGUCAAGUCGUGCCU